AUGGACGGCACCCAUAAGCGCGGGGGAGCAUUCACUGCCGCGGGUAGGGCAGAUGCGUCUGAGUACCGGGCCUUUGCAGAGCAUGUGCACGUGAUGGAUGUGAAAGGUCCUCCAGCUGAGGGCUACUACAAGCGGCUGAAGGAACUCGUGCUUGAUCAGGCCAAUUCCUCUGAAGCUGAAGUCAUUCGCCUGGACCAAGUGACUUGUGACCUUUCUCCUGGUGACGGACGGUGGCGUUGGGUCACACGAGAAACGAUCCUGCACAAGUUCGAGCUAUGGUCGGCUGGUGGGGCAAACUGGGGACCAACAAUCCAGCUCUGUGGAUCAGACGUCGUGGUAGUUGGAGCGCUGCACCCAGAACACUUGCACAGGCAUCGCAUCAAUGGGAAGAGGCAUUGCAAUUCUGCCAAGUCCGCGCAAGCGUUGUGGCAAAAACGGCCUGACCUUCGAAGCCACUUUGCCAAACUCGCCCAGCAAAAUGUCCAAAAAAAUGAAGAAGCCCGGAAUGCCUUCCUUCAAGGAGUGCAAGCCCAGCCUGCAGUGAUGACCCCAUGCUCUAAUGCUGAAAAGGCAAAGCCAGAAGCCAAUGUCUUCCUUCUCAAUGGAGUGCGUUUGCAUAUAAAUACUGUGUUAGGGCAAGGCACCGAUGGGUUGGCUUUGGAGUUUGCUUUGAAGUUAUACAAAUGCAAUCAAGCAGGGUAUGCUUUGGUCGAGGCUGGCAAGGAGUUUCAAUUUUUUCGGGACCUGCGCGGCUCUCCAUUUGUAUUGGAUUGCUACGGAGCUGUCGCCAAUAGCAAUGGGAACACUGGCUUGCUUCUUCCAUUGGCAUCAAUGUCUUUGGCGAAUCUCCUUCAGAAAAAAGAUCACCCAACACCAGCUAUCCCAACUAUUACCCAGUUGCUGUGUGGCCUAGUUCAUUUGUGUGAGCGAGAAGUUCUGCAUUGUGAUUUGAAGCCAUCCAAUAUAUUGGCUAUGCCUGAUGGCCGCUUCGUGAUCACUGACUUUGGCUUGGCCAAGCGGCUCCAUGGUGGGCGUGUGACAACCCAUGGGAAUUUUUGUUACAGUAUGCCUUACCGGCCUGUGGAGGCAUUAGCUGCUGGAAAAGACCAGGCUGGCCCAUGCCCAUAUCAAAAGCUUGUCCAGUUGAACAAACUUGAACAUAGUUGCUUCUUGUGUCCCUGA